AUGUUACAACGAAAUCGCAUCCAGACGAGUCUGUCGACUCAGACAGAGACAACACCUCCGAUACUUCGUCUUCGUAGACCCGAAACCCGACAGAAAGAAGACUCCAAAGUGAAAUGGACCGAGGAUGUAAUUGACAAUGAACAUAUGGGUAAACAUAAGCUGAAGGUCUGCUGCAUUUUCCAUCCACAUCGUGAGUUUGGACAAAGUUCAGACGAAAGCAGCGAUUCUUCUAGUGAUUCUAGUGAUGAUUCAGACUAUGAACGCAAUAAUGACUUCGACCAAAACCAUAGACACAGCCAUAAUUUUGAUGAUAUAAAUUCCGAUAAUAGUCAUAGUCAUAGUCAUGGUCACAAUUUCGAUGAUAAGGAUGAUAUUAGUAAUAGUAGUAAUAAUCAAGAUAAAGGUAAUACUGGCAUGAGCAAACCAAGCAGCUCUAGUCCAGACAAUCUUGUGUGUGAAUAUGGGCACAUACACAAGAGAAAUAAAAAGGUACGGAAACCGAAAAGGUCUUCCAGUCCAAAUGCCUACGAGAGGCAGCCGAAUUACAGAAACAAACUGGUUGUGCCUGUGCAAAAGUAG